UUUUUCUGUUUUCAGUCUUUCCUGUCCCGGAAAUAUUUUUUUAAUAACCCUGAGGAUGGAUUUUUUAAGAAAACAAAAAGAAAGGUAGUGCCUCCUUCACCAAUGACAGAUCCUACCAUGCUGACAGAUAUGAUGAAAGGGAAUGUAACCAAUGUUCUGCCUAUGAUCCUCAUUGGUGGUUGGAUCAACAUGACAUUUUCAGGAUUUGUCACAACAAAGGUCCCGUUUCCUCUGACGCUGCGUUUUAAGCCAAUGUUGCAGCAGGGAAUUGAGCUGCUCACUUUAGAUGCAUCCUGGGUGAGCUCUGCUUCCUGGUACUUCUUGAAUGUGUUUGGACUCAGAAGCAUUUAUACUCUCAUCCUGGGCCAAGAUAAUGCUGCAGAUCAGUCCAGGGUGAUGCAAGAACAAAUGACAGGGGCAGCAAUGGCCAUGCCAGCAGAUACUAACAAAGCAUUUAAGACGGAAUGGGAAGCCUUAGAAUUGACAGAUCAUCAGUGGGCCUUAGAAGAUGUAGAGGAAGAGCUCAUGGCAAAAGACCUCCAUUUUGAAGGCAUGUUUAAGGAAGAACUUCAGACCUCCAUCUUCUGAGUUUGAGAGUACGCUUUUGUCUCUUCUUGUAAAAGUUAUUUGAAAAGAAUUCUGUUAUCUAAAAUUAUAUAAGGUAUUUUAGCAAGGCUGAGAAUAAAAGAAAAACAUCAUGUUCAGAA